CCGCUCCAGGCUCGUCCUCUUUCUCCCACCGCCGACCCACUCACUGCAGAACGGGGUUCUCUGCGGGGCGGCUGGUGGAAAAAACUUCGGGACGAGGACAGAUAGAAGCUUCAGCACAGCGAUAAACAUGUGUCGGCUUUGGAAACGGUCGGACUGGAGGAUGGGUGAUGGUGUUAAACCUCUUUUUUGAGGAGGUACAUAGCAGUGUCCCACUAUGAACAGCAGCAGGAAUGGGACAAAUGGCACAGGGGUGGGGAAUGCCACUGGGAGUCUGGAUGCGGAGGGGACGGUGGUGUUGGAGUCAGCCUCCAUCAUAGUCAUCGCCUUAUUCAUAUGCGUUGGGAACCUGCUCAUCGUGGUGACGCUCUACAAGAAGCCCUACCUGUUGACACCCAGCAACAAGUUUGUCUUCAGUCUGACGUUUUCCAAUCUGCUGCUCUCUGUGCUGACGCUUCCCUUCGUGGCUGCCAGUUCCGUGCGGAGGGAAUGGAUGUUUGGUGUGGUGUGGUGCAACUUCACAGCCUUGCUGUAUCUGCUGGUCAGUUCAGCUAGCAUGCUCACACUUGGAGCCAUUGCCAUUGAUCGGUAUUACGCUGUGUUGUAUCCUAUGAUCUACCCCAUGAAGAUCACAGGAAACCGGGCCGUUGUAGCAAUUGUUUACGUCUGGCUUCACUCCUUGGUGGGCUGCCUGCCGCCUCUCUUCGGGUGGUCCACGUUCGAGUUUGAUCGCUUCAAGUGGACCUGCACGGCGGCCUGGCACCGAGAACUCAGCUAUACUGCCUUUUGGAUCACAUGGUGCUGCCUGCUUCCCCUGGUAGCCAUGCUAGUGUGCUACGGAGUUAUUUUCCGUGUGGCUCGUAUUAAAGCACGGAAGGUGUACUGUGGGACGGUGGUGGUCGCUCAAGAGGAGUCCACAUCUCAGAAGAACGGUCGAAAGAACUCAAACACCUCCACCUCGUCCAGUGGCAGUCGCAAGAGCCUUGUGUACUCAGGCAGCCAGUGCAAGGCUUUUGUCACCAUCCUGGUGGUAAUAGGGACAUUCCUAGGCACCUGGGGUCCUUAUGUGGUUGUGAUUGGGACGGAGGCGUACUGGGGAAAAGACUGUGUUUCUCCACGGCUGGAGACGCUUGUGUCCUGGCUAUCCUUCACAAGCGCAGCCUGCCAUCCACUCAUCUAUGGCUUGUGGAACAAGACUGUACGCAAGGAGCUGCUGGGCAUGUGCUUCGGGGGGCGCUACUACAGAGAGUCAUUUGUAAUACGUCACCGUACGUCACGGCUCUUUAGCAUCUCCAACCGAAUCACAGAUCUAGGAAUGUCUCCUCACCUGACGGCCAUGCUGGUGGGUGGAGGGCAGCUUCUGGGUCCCAGCAGCAGUACAGGAGACACUGGCUUUAGCUAUACUCAAGAUUCUGCUACAGAUGUCAUGCUACUAGAUAACUACUCAGAAGUCUCCCACUCUACACACUACAGCGGAGUUAAGAGAAGAAGCUCUGUCACGUUUGAGGACCAAGUGGAGCAACCUUGCAAAGGUGACAGCCAGACCGUCCAUGUCACUGCGGACAUUCACAAGUCUCUAGACAGCUUUGCACUGUGUCUGGCCAAGGCUAUAGAGAGUGACGCAAAGCUGCAGCUUUUCGGCGAAAACCCAACGAUCCCCAGCAAUCUGCUAAUCGCACGCCCCUCACAGCGAGGGCCUCGCUACCUUAAUGGACAAAGACUUAGGAUGGAAAGCAUAGAUGAAGGUAUAGUCAAAGAUAAUGAGCAGGAAGAUGAAGAAAUCACCCAGGAGUGCUAUGUAUAGUGUCUUCGUCUACUGCACAUCAAAGUACAGUAUGGAUUCUGCUCACUGUGCAAAUUGCUGCCUUAUAUUGUACAGAAUGUACCUAAUCGUGUACACACAGGUCCUUUUGUAUAGUUUUUGUAAUUCAUCAGCAAAGGAAUAUGGAGGUUUAUAUUGGUGAAUAUGGUACACUCUGAGUUUAAUCUGGUGUGAACAAGCAUCCUUUCCUGGGUUCUCAGGAAAACGUCUCUGUAUGAGUAAAAAACAGGAAUGUAUUCACCUGUUCCCUCGCUUAAACGUUAAAGCAAAAAAACGGAAGACUUUGAAACGUGGUACUCUGCCCAUAUGCUGACCCUUUUCUUACAAGAAAAUAAUGACCACUAUAUUUAGCAGUAUUUUUAUGGUAUAGAAUAAUAUUCCUCACAUACUGUAUAUUAGGAUCAAUAUUAUGCUAGAUUCUUGUAUUAUUCUCUUUUGUAUGAAGAUCCCAUAUGCUAGCUAUUCUUUAAACAGUUAAUAUUGUAUUCCUGUUUACAUGCAAAGACUGUAAUGUUCAGCCUGGAGGAGUAUGGUACCAGAAAGAUGACGGAGUGUAUAAAAAAAAGGCUGCCAUGAGGUGCAGUAUUCUGACCAGUAUGUGUAUGUGCCAAUAUGGAUGUAACUUUGCAAAUGUGUACUGCUUGGAAUAGAUACAUGUAGACCAACUGAAAUAGCCCAGCAAUAGAUCUUGUGAGAUUUAAUGCUUUAAAACAGUCAAAAAACAGUAGCUCUGUACUCCAUUCAGUACAGAACAGUACUGUGCAAAAGCCAGAGACUGACUCACUUUCAUUUUCUCCAAAAUUCAGUCCUAGAUGCUUCAUGCUUCUUCUGAAUGCAUUUUAAGAUUUUGCUGUUUGCAGUAGGUUUAAGUGGUUGAAGUUUCAUAAUCAUCCAAGAAGCGUCUCAACACUUAUUAGCUGCCCCAAAUUGAAAGUCACUGCCCUAAAUUAUACUAUAUUUAAUUUUUCAUAUAGUCAACAGCCUUAUGGCUAUAUGGCGUAAUUUAUAUACCAAAACUAUUUAAGGACAUGUAUUUUUAGAAGCAAUGUAGUUAUUGUUGUAUACUUUUGUAACAAUAUACAUUUGUUACAGUAUUAUUUCAUAUAGUCAGAAUUUUUACAGUCCAUCUAAUUUAGGUAAUAAAAUAUUGUUACCUAAUUGUUACCUAAAAUUGAAAAAAUGCAGUUUAAAAAAUGCAUUAAACGAAAUCAGAAAUGUUAAUAUAUGUAACAUCAAUCACAUGUUUUGACUAGAAAGUCUCUGACUUGUGCACAGAACUGUAUAAUAAUUGCACUUGAAAAUAUAUGAAGCCUCUGAUGUACGGUACUGUUUAUUGUGCAUGCCUUUUUGCCCUCAGUGCGUGCCAACUGAAACAAAGAGGUGUGCAAUUUUACAUUCAAAGAAUUCCUGUGGAAUGUUUUGGAAAAUGCAUUGUGAAUCAAGUUUUAUAUCUAAAUCCACCAAAAUCAAGAUUUGUGGUGCUGAACAAAUGCCUUUGAAACAAACCAAUGCCAUAAAGAGAUUGGAGUUGGGGAUUUCUUGUAAUGGUUUAUUGCGAUCCAAAAAAAACAUUUUGCUUAUCCAUUUCAAAUGUAAUAAUAAUUAAAUCCUUUUAAAAGGUACUUUUCAAAA